AUGAGUGGUUCCGAGUGGUCGAGUUUUUUGAGUACAAAGUGCUUCGAUAAGAAUACAGUGGCUGACAUCUCAAAUGGCACAGGAGCCUCUAAUUCUUCUGUUUCGGUAGCUUUAGUUGAGAGAGCCUCAAGACGUGAGUCGAGAAAGUCUCCGGAAGUUAGUCGCACUUCGAGGCGGAAAUCUCGAAAGAAACUCGUCACAAGCCAAUCUAGAUUGCCCACAAAACAUCAUCCUUCAAGAACAGCCAACACUACUUCUGGGGCUUUAUUGGUCAACUCUCCGGAUCGAGUUCUCUGUAGCAUCUUUGAGAUGGCAAAGGACAUUGGGACUCGCAUAGGGGUGUGCAUUAUUAAUUACAACACGGGAGAGUUGUCAAUCUCGGAUUUUAUGGACUCACAAAUUUACAUUCGUGCUAUACAUAAGAUUCAGAUCCACCAACCCACAGAGAUCUUACUUCCCAGCUCAUCAUUGAAUCCAGUGGUUUCCAAGUUGGCCGCGAUCAUCAAAUUUAAUGUUUCUGAGUCUGUUAAAAUUAGCGAGACCACGAACAGGAAUUUCAACUCUCAGGAUGGAUUGAAUGCAAUUUACAAAUAUUUGAUGGCAGAUGGUCAAAAGAAAAUGAAACUGGAUGAGAUAGCGGAUAAGACUUUCGCAUUGAGUGCCGCAGCUGCUGCAGUGGCUUAUACUGAGGAUAUUGUUAUGAAUAAGAAAAAUAGCAGUUUGACCAAGUUUAAAAAAUUUCGAAUGACAUAUGAAGCGACAGAAAAUACGAUGUUGAUUGACUCAAAAACGAUCAGGGGAUUAGAGCUUGUUGAUAAUGUUGUUGAAAAGAAGGGGUUAAGUUUUUUCAAAUUUCUUGACUGUACCUGCACUAAGAUGGGCCAGAGACUUUUGAGGAAUAGCAUUUUGCAACCACUGACAGAUCGUUGCAGCAUCGAAUUACGUCUUGAAUCCGUAAGGGAACUUCGAAAUGAUCCAGAUCUCUUGGAUGUUUUGAGAUCCGAAUUGAGAGGGUUUCAGGAUUUAGAUAGGCUGUUUGCUAAGCUGUUGUCAGUAAAUCAAUCAGCAGUUAAAUCAGAGCAGAAGAUUAACUAUUCCAUUUUGUUGAAAAGCACGAUUAAGACUGCAAAGAAUAUUCGAAGAUUGCUUAGCGAAGCUGAUCUAACAGCAAGGCUACUUAUCGAGACGAAGGAUAUCUUUAGUUGUGAGGCAAUUUCCAAGAUUGAAUCCUAUAUUAACAUCUAUAUCAACGAGGAUUGCACUUGGGCAUCGUCCAAUCUAGAAUUGGAAAAUCAAAGAUCUUAUGCAGUGAAAAGUGGUGCUAAUGGAUUACUUGAGAUUUCAAGACAAGUUUACAAGAAUAUCAUCGAUCAGAUAAUCAAGCAUGUGGAAGAUCUCUCAAAAGAAUACUCAUUAAAUCUUGAUUAUGCAUACGAAUCCAAUCAUGGUUUUUAUAUUAAAAUUAAGAGGCACGAUAUGCGGGAUCUAUCGACCCUGCCUGACGUGUUCAUCAAUAGAUCGGUCAAGAAAACUCGCAUUGAAUGCACGACUCUUGAUAUCAUCAAGAUGAAUGCGAGGUUGAAAGAGGUUAUGUCUGAAAUUUCCCUGAUCAGCGAGCAAAUGGUAGAGCAGUUGUUGACCGAAGUUGUGACCGAAAUAUCCACUUUGUUCAUGAUAUCAGAAGCCACUUCAAUGCUGGACUUAAUGUGCUGUUUCGCUCAUAAUGCAAACAAGCAUAAUUAUGUGAUACCAGCUAUAUCCGACCGAGUGGUUUUCCAAAACUCGAGACAUCCCGUACUCGAAACCUUGGUAGAGAACUUUGUGCCCAAUGAGAUCCUCAAUACGCCAUAUAGCUCCUCGGUUCAGAUUAUUACUGGAUGUAAUAUGAGUGGUAAAUCAGUGUAUUUGAGGCAAGUUGUGUUACUUUGUAUUAUGGCUCAAAUGGGGUCUGCUGUGCCUGCUGAUUAUGCAUGUUCCAAGAUCUAUUCCAAGAUCCAUGCUCGAGUUUGUAAUGAUUCCCUGGAGAUAUGCUCGUCAAAUUUUUGUUACGAAAUGAAAGAAAUUGCUCAAUUUCUUGAUGACACAGAUUCUUCCACGUUAGUUAUACUAGACGAGCUGGGCAGAGGAUCGAGUAUUGGGGAUGGCUUCUCAAUAUCAUUGGCAGUUACAGAAUAUCUCUUAAGCGUCCAAUGCACAGUUUUUCUGUCCACUCACUUCCAGUAUAUACCUGAGAUUUUGAGAUAUAAACCUAGAGUGAGUCAUUUUCACAUGAAGGCUGAACUAGAGAACGAUAGCUCAAUCAAAAUGCAUUAUCAAUUGAGUCAGGAGAUAAAAAAAUUCGAAAACCCUGGUUUAAGAACCGUCAGUAGAAUCUUUGACCCGCAGAUCAUAAAAGGUGCUUAUAAAAUAUGUGACUUGCUCAGUGCACAGAAAUCGACGUCAUCUGGUAUACGUGAGGAUGAUAUUGACAAGGAAGCGGCGCUUCAGAACGUAAAUCAAAUGAAACAAAUUCACAACCUGAUUGAGGUUUUAUAUGAAGUUAUGGAGGAUAGCAAUGAGGUUUCCUACCAAUCACUUAAAGCUCUGCAAGAGGAGUUUAUCAAAUCUUUCGAGCAAUAA